GGGGGAGUUUACAUGUAUGUUGCUGCUCGGCGGCGUGUUGCAGCUGCAGCGUCUCCGGAGGAGCAGAGUCCUCAAACACCGCAUGAACACAGACGGAACCAGCGUCUUUCAUCCACCGGGGAGUCCGGACUGAGAUCCGGUUCUUGGUGAUGAUUGCUGUAAUAGAUGAUAUCUGUGUUUUCUCUGCAAGGAAGUCGACUGAAUCCAGCUCCUGAGAUAACUGAACACAAAAGUCAACUGAAUCUUGACUGCCAGAACUCUCUCAACAACUUCCUGUCUGUUUCCGGGGUUUGGAUGUCACCAUGGACAACAUCAGUGACUACUACAUUUGGCAGCGCCGGAUCCACCACGGAAUUAGGUAUCAGAAAGUUGCGGUCCCCUUCCCAGAGUCGGUUGAAAUCGGUUUGGAGUUUAACGCGGCGUUGGAAAGGAAGGAAAUGUUAGAUCAGAGUCUGUUGACGAAUGCUGUGAUGCUAGAGCUUUGUGACUUUGCCAAAACGGUGACCAAGUCCGAGAAGUAUUUCCUGUUUGAAAUGCUAGACUUCAACUUUGACCUUGGCGUGGACAUGGACGAUGACAUGCAGUACUAUGAAUACGCGACACGUGUCCACAAUAAAAUAAAGCAGCUGAAAGAACAAAUCAAGGUGAAACCCCGUAGAUGGAAAGAAGCAUUUCCGUUACCAGAUCUAAGUGUUAUAACGGCGUUGACAGGUUCAGAGGCGCCUGAACGGUACUACCCUAAGAGGAACAAAAUCGCAGAUAGCUCAGUCCUCACCAACGGCAGCAAGAAGAGCCAGACUUCAGAACAGGAGACAAGCGAGAGCAGCGGGGCUACAAGCAGUGUGUUCACUGUAAAUAUCAAAAAUGGAGUCCGAUUAAAACGAGCAGGUGAUGUUUACCCAUUCUGUAGAAACCUUGGGGUGACUCUGGCAGUUCAACCAGAUGAAACACCGAAACAGAAACUAGACCCAAAUCUGCUGACCAGCGGUGUGAUGUUGGAGCUUCUUGAUUUUUCCAGAGUGCUCUGUGGAACACACACUCAGAUAGUCAGCGAGUUGGUCAAGCACAAUUUUGGUCAGGAGUUGAAUAGAUUGGUGUUCCGCAUGCAAUAUAACAAGCUGAUUGAGAGAAAAUAUGCCUGCCUAACAGCUGAGGACAGAGACUCUUUUCGAAAGGAGCCUUUUAAAGUCCAGAUCAUCAACAAACAGGAACAGAAGCACAGAAAGAGAAAAAGCAUGGAUUCAGAUUAUCAAGAAACUGGAAAGACUAACAAUAGCCAGUAAGAGGAGGGAAACGCUGAGGCACAGAGACGGCGAGGGCCAGGAAGUUUGUCCAAGCAGCGACUUGUCAUACACGUGUCCG